AUGGACAACCAGCCCAGUGUUCCUGCCAGCGCUCCUGCUGGCAGCCUGCGUUCCUGCUGGCCAGCCAGCGUUCCUGCCGGCCAGACAGCGUUCCUCCCAGCCAGUCAGCGCUCCUGCCAGCGUUCCUGCCAGCCAACCAAUAUUCCUGCCAGCAAUCCUUCCAGUGUUCUUGCCAGCGUAUAUGCCAGCCAGCCAGCGUUCCUGCCGGCCAGCCAGCGUUCCUGCCAGCGUUCCUGCCAGCCAGCCAGUGUUCCUGCUGGCCAGCCAGCGUUCCUGCUGGCCAGCCAGGGUGUCUGCCAGCGUUCCUGCCAGACUGCCAGCUUCCUCCCAGCGUUACUGCUGGCCAGCCAGUGUUCUGCCAGCAUUGCUGAUAGCGAGUUAUCGUUCCUGCCAGCCAGCCAACAUGCCUGCCAGUAUUCCUCCCAGCAUUCCUGCCAGCCGGCCAGCGUACCUACUGGCCAGCCAGCAUUCCUGCAAGCAUUCCUGCCAGCCAGCCAGCUUUCUUUCCUGCGUUCCUCCCAGCGUUGCUGCCGGACAGCCAGUGUUCCUGCCAGCGUUCCUGCCAGCAUUCCUGGCAUUAUUCCUGCCAGUCAGCCAUCGUUCCUGCAGCGUUCCUGCCAGCCAGCCAGCAUUCCCGCUGGCCCACCAGCGUUCCUGGCAGCGUACCUGCUAGCCAGCCGGCGGUCCUGCCCGUAUUACUGCCAGCGUUCCUGCCAGAUAGCCAGUGUUCCAGCCGGCCAGCCAGCAUUCCUGCCAGUGUUCAUGAUAGCCAGCCAGCGUUCCUGCCGGCCAGCCAGCAUUCCUGCCAGCGUUCUAGCAGGCCAGCCAGGGUUUCUGCUUGCCAGCCAUGGUUCCUGCCAGCGUUUCUGCUGA